GGCAACACGCAGUAGUCCACCCGCGCACUCUCUUCCGUGGCGUCGUCGAGGCUCUCGAUCGACGAGCCUCUAGUUCGUGAUUUUUUUUUUCAUUCCUCGACGCCGUCGAAGUUGAGGUGAUAAGUACUGCUGGUAUGUACUGUCGUGCAGGCGAUGUGAGUAAAGCGAGAGGAUUUUACAGGGGGGAGCUGUGCGCGUUCCGGCCGUGCCGGUUUCGGGCACAGUCAGCUGGAGAGAAGAAGGGAGACAGACUAUCCGUGCGCUCUAUACUCGCAGAAAGAGAGAAGGUCGACUGUGUGUGUAUACGCUGAAGCUGAGUCGAGUUUUUGUCCUUUUUCGUUUCUGGAGCUGUUUUGCUGCUGCAAGCAGUGCCUGGUGAAAGACACGAUGUCGUCGCUCAUUGCUGAGUGCUACAGGAGGCUUACCGAUACUACGUCCAGCGAAAAGCCGUUAAGAGGCUACAAAGUAACGGACGUGAACCGAACCAGGAAGAUUGGAGUCGCCUGCCGCAGCUUGCACGAGCUCAAGCGGAAGGCCUGCGCCAAACUCAACGUGAAGGACGACUUGGCCAGAAUCGGGAUCUUCCUGCUCGAUGGCUCGGAGAUCGACGAAGACUACUUUGCGACGCUCGAGCCGCAGACCACUCUCAUACUCCGGCGACCUGGGGAGAAACUUCUGACUGAAGCGGAUGUGCUUUACCAGAUGCUGAGGAAGGUGAACGAGAGCUUUCUCAAGAGUGGGGAACGAGCCGCCGGAUUUCUCACGGAUAAGCUCAAAAUAAAGAUAGCGGUGCUCAACAGGGCACUGAAUAACGACGAUAAGAAGACGCUCUGCAGCAGGCGCGAGGAUCAUCCCGAGUGGUUCGCUGGAUUAGAAACCAACUCGCCGACUAAGGAGGCUUACCUUCACCGUCGUUGCCAGGACCGGAUCCGAGGCUAUCUCUACAAGACAAUCGAGCAGGUCAGAUCGUCGGAAGUGUACGACGCCGAUCCCCAAGCUCGUCGGCAACUCGAGCGCGUGAUAGUCUUCUUCAAGCUUCAACUGCGGAAGGACCACUACUUCGGUCAUUACUUCGAUCGCACCCGCUCCGUUAUCAAGUCGAAACCCGAGGAAGGCGUUAGCAGCAGCCAGUCCGACGACGAAACCGAUAGCGCCCAGAACUGUCCUUACGAGCAUUGCCCCUGCAAACUGAGCAUAUCGUCUUACGAGAGGUACAUCUUGGGUCUGAGCGUCGACUGUACAGACGAGGACGACGAUGAGGUAGACGCAAAAAAGUUCGUACGAUCGGCGACGGAGAGGAAAGCCGAGGAAGUCGAGGACGAGUUGAGCGAUGAUCCGAAGAAGAGCAAAGAACCGCUGCGGGAGGAGGCGGGAGAAAAAUGUCCCUACGAGCUCGUGGAAAGGAGCAAAGGGGAAAUGACGGCGCUGUGCGACGAAACUGGCGAGUUCCGCUGCAGCGGCGUCUGGAAGAACGACAAAUGCCUCUACGCCGACAGACACAAGAUCAAUCCCUACAGGUCCAGGGAGGAGCUCGUGCUCUUCUCCACCUGGAAUCUCGAUCAUAAAAUCGAAAGAUCGAGGACUCUGGUGCCACAGCUCCUGAAGGUUUCGAAGAAGGGCGACAUGAAUGAGAAGGACGUCCUGGAAUUCUACAAUAAUCUCUUUACCGUGCAGAACUUAAGGCUCGUGCACAUCGUGUGCCAUGACAAGGGCGCGCACAAAUAAGCAGACAUGGCAAUACGUACUUAUAUCUAUACAUUAUACUGAAUCUACGACUAAUCGUAACACAAACUCAAGAAAGAAAGCAAGCGUGAUACUCUAGAAAGAAACUCUGUUAUAUGCGAGGAAAAGAGAGCAAUUAUAUUUAUACACUAAGGAGGAUGCAAAAAUAUACUAUAUAAUAUCGACGCUUAUUGCAUCAGUUUAAGAGGACUUUAUAUACGCGCAAGUCCUCUUGAAUCGAAACGUCGAUGCGCAUACUAUUAUACGUAGCUGCAAAAAAUGUAUACAUUGCAUAGAGUCGUUAUGUUUAGACAUGUAUAUCUCGCAUAGUUUAGCAAAUGUUGACCUUGCAAAUGUGAGUGCAUCGAGAACGCGAAACUCUACUUUAUUAUACACAUUUACGGACGUUACACGACGUGUGAUGAAUUCUGGACUGAUCCUAGAGAAUCUCUUUACGAAAGAAAAAAACCGGUAACUCUGACUACGUUUCUAACCUUCUCCAUCGAUACGUUGCAAAAGACCCAGUUGAAAUCAGCGAACCGAGAAGAAGCUUUAUCCGACACUUAGCGCGAUUUCCGGCUGACUGUCUUUCAAAAGUCACCGGGUAAUUUUCUUGGAAACACUAAACUUGUUGGGUUCCGCGCGAAUUGCCGUCGUUCAUCGAUUAGAUCGCUCGAAAAGUUUGCUACAUCCGCACUGGCACACGUAUACGCCCACGCGCGAGUUACGUUUAUGAUUCCGGGUUAACGCGCGAUCCGAAUCUUCGGAGAGCCUUUGCUUUUUACGGCAUCGAUAUAAAGGAGGGUGUGAAAAAUACGUGCAUAUGAAGCUCGGGUGGCAUAUGAGAAGUAUUGAACGGAAAAUGUUUUGGGGACGAAAACAAGUUUUAGGUUUUGCUAAGAGAAAGAACGCUUGAAAGGCAGUGAGCUCGACUGCAAUAUUUUUCACAUUAAAGAUGUGGCGCGGAGCGGUCUAUCUCUCUCUCUCUCUCUCUCUCUCUCUCUCUCUCUCUCUCUCUCUCUCUCUCUCUCAAAUGUUUCCUCCCGAGAUCGCGCAUCGCAGCCCGAAGUACCUUCGGAACUCGGCGCUGUAAUUCCGCAAAACUGCGCUCGUAAAAGAGCGACGGCCGAGUAGAAAAUAAGAUGUCGAGAGAGAGAGAGAGAGAGAGAGAGAGAGAGAGAGAGA